AUGGAUUCUGAUGCUACUAAUAGAUUUAUACCUGAAUAUCGUAGAACUAAUUUUAAAAAUAAAGGUAGAUUUCAAACAGAUGAAUUAAGAAGAAGAAGAGAAACUCAUCAAGUUGAUUUGAGAAAACAGAAAAGAGAAGAAGUUUUAGCUAAAAGAAGAAAUUUUCAUCACGAUUCAACUACAAAUGAUUCAGAAGAUGAAGAUGAAUAUAAUUUAAAUGUUAAUAAUGAUGAAUCACAAUUUUAUAAUAGAUUACAAACAGAAUUACCAAAAAUGAUUGAAUUGAUUCAUGCUCAAGAUUUUGAUUCUCAAUUAGCAGCUACAGUUAAAUUUAGACAAAUUUUAUCAAGAGAACAUAAUCCUCCAAUUGAUUUAGUUAUUCAAUCUGGAGUAAUACCAACUUUAGUUGAAUUUAUGAAAGAUUCUCAUCCUGAUAUGUUACAAUUGGAAGCUGCUUGGGCAUUAACUAAUAUUGCUUCUGGUAAUUCAAAUCAAACUAGAGUUGUUGUUGAAGCAAACGCCGUACCUUUAUUUGUUCAAUUAUUAUAUUCACAAUCUUUAGAAGUUAAAGAACAAGCAAUUUGGGCUUUAGGUAAUGUUGCAGGUGAUUCUUCUGAUAAUAGAGAUUAUGUUUUAGGUUGUAAUGCAAUGGAACCAGUUUUGGGCCUUUUUAAUUGUACAAAAAUGUCGUUAAUUAGAACUGCAACUUGGACUUUAUCAAAUUUAUGUAGAGGUAAACUGCCACCACCAGAUUGGCAAAUUGUUUCACAAGCAAUUCCAACUUUAGCAAAAUUAAUUUAUUCUGUUGAUUCAGAAACUUUAGUUGAUGCAUGUUGGGCUGUUUCUUAUUUAUCUGAUGGUACAAGUGAAGCAAUUCAAGCUGUUGUUGAUGCAAGAAUUCCUCAUAGAUUAGUUGAAUUAUUAGGUCAUGAAUCAACAUUAGUACAAACUCCUGCUUUAAGAGCUAUUGGUAAUAUUGUAACUGGUUCUGAUUUACAAACUCAAAUUGUUUUGAAUGCUGGUGUUUUACCUGCUUUAGCUCCAUUAUUAAAUUCACCAAAAGAUACAAUUCGAAAAGAAGCUUGUUGGACAAUUUCGAAUAUUACUGCUGGUACUACUGAUCAAAUUCAAGCAGUUAUUGAUGCAAAUUUAAUUCCUCAAGUUAUUAGAUUACUAGUUCAUGGUGAUUAUAAAACUAAAAAAGAAGCAUGUUGGGCAAUAUCAAAUGCUUCAUCUGGUGGUUUAACAAAACCUGAACAAAUUAGAUAUUUGGUUUCUCAAGGUUGUAUAAAACCUUUAUGUGAUUUAUUAUCAGUUGCUGAUUCAAAAAUUAUUGAAGUUACUUUAGAUUCUUUAGAAAAUAUUUUAAAAAUGGGUGAAAUGGAUAAAGAAGCAAGAAAUUCAAAUGUUAAUGAAAAUGCUUUAUAUAUUGAAGAAGCAGGUGGUAUGGAAAAAAUUUUUGAAUGUCAAAACAAUGCAAAUGAUAAAAUUUAUCAAAAAGCUUAUCAUAUAAUUGAAAAAUAUUUUAAUGAAGAUGAUGAUCAAAUUGAUGAUGAAAAUAUCGUACCAGAAAGUUAUGGAAAUGCAUUUGGUUUUGGUAUGGAUUCAAAUCAACAACAAAAUUUUCAAUUCUAG